CUUCUAUGAAGCGCCAUUUCUCAUGCGAGGAAGAGGAAAAAUCAAGUCAUCAGAAGAAAGCAAAACAAGUUGCGUUGGAAUCGCCUCCUUCAUCCAACAUUGUUCUCAAUUCCGCUGAUUGUGAUUUAGAUUUCAACAUUGAAUGCAAUGGAAUUGUUGGAUAUGGCCUUAAUGAGGAAGGGUUCGGUUACUGUUGGUCUGGUGCUAGAGCUAAUGUUGGAAUAACUAAGGGUAGAUAUUACUAUGGCUGUGUUGUUGUUUCUGCUCAACAUGUUGAUACAGAUGACACUGCUCCUGAUCAGCGACACCUUUGUCGUCUUGGUGUUUCUAGAGGUGAUGAUGCUGUUGGAACUCUUGGUGAGACAAAAUAUAGCUUUGGUUUUGGUGGCACUGGCAAAUUCUCCAAUGCCGGCAAGUUUUUGAAUUUUGGUGAUAGGUUUGGUGUUGGUGAUACUAUAGUAUGUUGCAUAGAUCUUGAAAGUAAACCACUUGCUACUAUUGGUUUCUCUAAGAAUGGUAAAUGGUUGGGUACUGCAUUUCAAUUUGAUGUCGGUUCACUUGGUGUUGGAGCAGAUUCUUCUUUUCCAAAUGUUUUUCUUUGGGAGUGCGCACUUUUUCCGCAUGUUCUGUUGAAAAAUGUUGUGGUAAAGAUGCAAUUCAGUGUUGAGCAAGGACUUGUUCCUCAUGAAGGGUUCAGACCUUGGGCCUUGGCUGUUGCCGAUGGAAAUGCGGUUACGGGGCCUUCAUUUUCGGAUCCAAAGAAAUGUGAAAUAAUGAUGCUAGUGGGAUUACCGGCUUCAGGCAAGACUACAUGGGCAGAAAAAUGGGUGAAAGAUCACCCAGAGAAACGUUAUGUUUUGCUUGGCACGAACUUAAUUCUUGAACAAAUGAAGGUUCCUGGACUGUUGCGGAAAAACAACUACGGUGAAAGGUUUGAUCGUUUGAUGGACAGGGCAAGUGCAAUGUUCAAUAUAAUUCUGUCCAGGGCGGCCAACAUACCUCGGAAUUAUAUAAUCGAUCAAACAAAUGUGUAUAAAAAUGCACGCAAGCGUAAGCUUGAGCCGUUCACACAUUACCAAAAGACUGCUGUUGUAGUGUUCCCGAUACCAGAAGAGCUCAAAAGACGGUCUGAGCAAAGAUUUAAAGAAAUGGGCAAAGAAGUUCCAGUUGAUGCUUUGAAUAGCAUGAUAGCUAAUUAUGUAUUACCUAAAAGCAAGAAUUUGCCUCAUUCAGAUGAGCAUUUUGAUCAGGUUCUGUUUAUUGAGCUAGACCGAGACACAUCUCAGAAAUAUUUGGAUCAGAUGAAGCAAGAUAUCCUAUCCCCAUCAUAUAACAACCCAUUGGCAUUAUCGCUUAGAGGUUCUUCUCAGUCUUCUUCCGGACCUGCAUUGCAAAAUCAACGAAGUUCGACAGGAAGUGGCAUUCACCAGUGGAGAGCUCAUUCUCCCAUCUCUCAUACCGGCUAUAGGAUGCCUAGUGGACGCUAUUCCAAUGGUGAAGCAUCUUGUUUUCCUAGAGAUUAUGGUGGUUCCUACACAACUUAUGGUGCCAUCGAAGCAUACAGAAACCCUAUUUUGGGUACCCAUUAUAGGUCAAGCACUACAGGGAACAACAAUAUGGGUUUUCAUGGAAGACCUUAUGUUGAAUACCGGGAGUCGCAGCCUUUCAACUAUAGUACAUACGGUAAACCUAAUGUUGAAUACAGAGAUUUUCAUCCUGACUUGCAUAUACCUGCACCAGCCACAUCUUUGCAUCCCCCGUAUGGGGAACCAGCUCUGAGACCUCGACAUGAUGGAUUACCUGACAACAUGCAAUAUUCAGGGAGAUAUGCUUCUCAACAUCCAAAAUACUACCACUGAAAUUGAUCAGACCAUGUUAUUGGUAAUUGGAACAAGGCUUCAUUGAUAGCUAAAACUUGUAAUUAACUGUAUAUCUUAUUAGUAAUCAACUAAUUAUACAGAUGAAUGGAAAACAAAAAGUCCAAAAGUAUAAUUUGUCACUAGGCCUUGACUAUCUUAGUUGAUUACUCUCACAAGUUUCAGCUUCUGGUAUACUGAUGUAAAGUUGAUAAAAGAAUAAUUGCAAGUUUCUAUGGUUCUUUGGGAUAUUUUGUGAGUAUAGUUUAUGCUGUGAACAUUAUAUUUUGUUUGUGUUUGUCUCUUGGUUGAGGGGAAAAGUGUGUGUUGGUUCUUAUCGCAAGCAUGAUAGUGAAGUGUACCACCAAGAAUGUAACUGUAAUUGCUCA